AUGGGAAGUCCCGACAGCCACCCAACCUUCCCCAACAUGGACUCCAGAGCGCUCUAUGUGGUGGCUGAUCACAGGCAGGGGACCGCAGCAGGGGCCGGCUCACCCCAGGGGCACAAUCUCCACUACAUGCAAGUUCACAAGUCGCAACCGGGCUCUCCAUCGUCCUGCAGCCUCCUGGAGGGCCAAGUGGAGGAGAGGUGUCUGGAGCAGAUUCAAAGCCUGGUGGUGGGGGAGGUUCUGAGAGAUGUGGACACAGCAUGCAAAAUGCUCAACAUCUCCCAAGAGCCUCUGUCCUGGGGCUGGCUGCAGGUGCAGAAGUGGCUGCUGUGGAUCGAGCACAUGUACCAUCUGCCCCGGGUCAGUGCUCUGUUCCAGGGCCUCAGCGGCAGAGACCUGUGCUCCAUGAGCGAGGCCCAGUUCAGACAGCACUCGGCUCAGUUUGGAGACAUGCUCUACGCCCAUCUGGACAUCUGGAGAUCAGCUGUGGCCAUGAAGGCACCAUGUGCACCAGUGGACGACAAACCAGCUGUGGAAAGUUCUAGUGCAGACAUCGCAGGCAGUUUCCCAAACCAGCCCAUCCACUUGUGGCAGUUUCUCAGAGACCUGCUCCUCCGGCCUCACAACUACAGCCGCUGCAUCCGCUGGCUCAACAAGGAAAAGGGUAUUUUUAAAAUCGAAGACUCGGCUCACGUGGCGCGGCUCUGGGGCAUGAGGAAGAACCGUCCCGCCAUGAAUUACGACAAACUGAGUCGCUCCAUCCGCCAGUACUACAAGAAGGGCAUCAUCCGGAAGCCCGAGGUGUCCCGCAGACUUGUCUACCAGUUUGUCAACCCAGUGUGA